CUUUUCCUCACUCGUUACACAAUGUACUAUUCUAUAACGAGUGAAUGAAUAUAUCUAAAUACGGAUAUGACAAGUUUUAAUGAAAUGAUUUCCGAAUCAUGGCUGAAUUUAUUAAGGAUGUAGAUUUUGGAGUUAUGGAAUCAAAUUUAUUAAAAUAUGAUGGAGGUGAAAUAUUUCUUUCAAAGGAAUAUUUUGAAGAAGGAAUAGCUAUAAUUUAUUUGAACCACCCCCGAAAAAGAAAUGCUAUUAGUGGAAAAAUGAUGGUAGAUUUUCGAAGAUGUCUAAAUGAAUUGGAAGAAUGGAAAGAAGGAAAAUCUGUCUUACUCUGCGGUUUAGGAUCAAACUUUUGUUCCGGAGGAGAUUUGGAUUUCGCAAGAUCCGCUGGAACGCCAAAAGAAGGAUAUUAUAUGAGUUGCAUUAUGCAGGACAUCCUUAAAAGAUUUAGGGGACUUCCUCUAAUUACUGUUUCUCUUCUGCAUGGACCCACGUUAGGAGGUGGGGCAGAGAUAUCUAUUUUCUCUGAUUAUAUUUUAGUAGCAGAUAAUGCUCAAAUAGGGUUUGUUCAAGGAAACAUGGGACUUAUAACUGCAUUUGGAGGAACGACGAGGCUUGUCCAGCUUAUCGGUGAAAGAAAAGCAAUGGAAAUGCUUUUAACGUCAAAAGUUUACAGUGCUGAAGAAUGUAUUUCCAUAAGUCUAGCUGAUAAAAUAGUUAAUACUUCAAGUAAGAUGGAGGAAGCUUUAAAUUUUAUCAAACAGUUCAUAGUUCAUGACUGUACAAUUAUUCACAAUUACAAAAGAGUUCUAGCAUUUGGUUUAAGUAAUAACUUUGAAAAAAGUUUGGAUGUUGAACGUGAUUUAUUUUACCCCACUUGGGGUAGUGAGCUUAAUCGUAACGCGUUAGCUAAACAUAUUCGACAUAUAACUAAAUAAAAAAGUUACUACACUUGUACUUCCACCUUAUAUAAUUUGAGAAAAUAUUCUCAUUACUUCUUAAUGAAAAAUUUGACAGGUACUCAGUUUAAUAACGGUAAACAACAGUGGAAUGUUAUACUUUCACGAGGCCCUGAACAAAUAUAAAUUUUGGGUCCCGCAGCUACAAAAUUCUGUAAAGGAACGUAAAUUUUAAAGAUUGCACAAAAAUUAUUAAUUUUACGAACUUAGUGUUGACACAGGCAAUAUAGCUAAUGCUGGAAACUGGCAACCCAAAAAGGAUGCAGGCUCUUCUGAGCU